CAGGAUCAGUGCAGCACGCAAAAAUAACGAACUGAACCAGACGAGUCUGCGAGGAAGCGCUGGGCUACAGUAGGAGGAAGCCCGUCACCCAGCCAUCGGAUGCCUGGCACGCUGCUUGGCUCAGCAGAUCUCGAUCUUCCCUACACCUCGUAGCCUCGGGACCGACCGAGAUUCCACCAUGAUAGACGAUGUGGCUGUCUUCGAGAAGGCUGCCAAGAAGUCUUGGCAGUCCUUCAGCACCAUGCGCCGCUUUGUGGACGAGGCCGUGCGCCUCGAGAACGCCAGUUGGCGACUCUGGUACAUGCAGCGCACACACGCGCCCGCUGGUAAUGAGUCGAGUGAUGAGCCUGAUGCUGAGGAUGGCAGUGCCAUCACUGAAGGCCCGCGUCCGCUCUGCGUCUACUGCGAGCUUCACAGCGCGAGCCUGAGCUGCAAUGGCUGCUGCCACGACGCCUACUGCGUUAGCUGCUUCAAACUCAUCCACAAGAAGGGUAACUUGGCCACGCACACUGCGGUUAAGAUCCAAAUUCGCUCAGAGAGGGAGUUAAACAAUAGCAGUGGAGCCUCCACGACUUGCGACGACGCCGAUAUAUCCACGACAUCGCACAGAUCGUCGUUUAAGAAGAAUGAGAGCUCAGAAGGAGACGCCGAGGGCUCAAUCACUGGCACGAGCUCCCCACACCAGAAAUCCGGAGAAGGAUCCAUCUUCAACAAGCCAUGGGAACUGCAGAUGGACAUGCUACUCCAGCGGCUCAUGAUGAAUAGCAUUCAGAGCGAACUGGACAUCAGCGUGCGUAAUAUCGACAGACGAGAAUCGCUGGUAACUGCGGACGCGAUUGAUAGUCUUUUGGAGGCUGACGAUGCAGUGUCAUCAGAUGGCUCGAGCGAGUCGGAUGAAGAAGAUACGAGAGAGAAAUCCAACCAGGCAGUUGUGAUGGCUGCCGUCGCAGCGGCAGGCCGACACCGAGCGCACUCCAUGUCGUUUGAGGAGAACGGGAAGCGCUCCCCCGUGCUGGCACCGAUGGUGAUCCACCCGUCACCUCCUGGUGUGGAAGGAGGUUUGGACGAUAUGAAGCUGCCGGCGACGCUGUUCCCUAAGGGCUUGCCACGAAGUAACAGUCGUCGGAGGAACUCGCAGACUUGCGCCAACUGCAAUGGAAACCACAUCACAGUCGACUGUCCAUUGCUGGAAAGUGCGUUACUACCCCCAGCGACUGCUCCAACACCGGGAGGAUCGGGUGUCGACACGGUGCUGCGGAAGUGCUUCACGACCAUCCACAACAACAACAUGGCUAACAGUACACACGCCUUCCUGGGUGACGAAGUGAGUGUUCGCGGAGGCAGCAACUUUGCCAAUAUGAAGCAAUGGCCGUCCAGCAAUUCGUUGCAGCAAUUGGACCGACCAUCGCCGUUCGGGAUGAAUGUGAUAGCUGAAGACAAUUCGAUGGCCAGUGAGGACCUCGCACCGAUAUUGGGAGAGCUUGCACCGCCGAAUGCAAGGUGCAGCCCUCAUCAUUGGAACGCGGACUCGUGGCUACUGUCAUGUCUGGCGACUGAACUGCCUACCGACGUAUUUGAGCAGCUACGCUGUCUAGAAAGAGAAGAGAAAGACUCGUUUUCGUCUGGCUCUGAGUCGUCUGGAAUGGCAAUUACUGGUUGGGUUCAUCUGAAGGUUCCAGGUAGCCAGUGGUGCAAGCGCUUCUUGUCGCUGUAUCGGAAUAAUCUGUGGGAAUAUCUGGAUGCGAACGAGACAAGUCGACCAGUGGGGCAUGCUAAUUUAUUCGAGGGAUCCGUGCAUCCUCAACAGCGCAGCACGACCGAGUUUGUCCUCAAGUACAAUACCCACUCAUCAGCAUUAUCUGGACGCAGCGAAUUGUGGCUACAGUUCGACUCUGAGAAGGACGCGAUGCAGUGGAAAGAGACGAUGGCGCGUGCCGUGAAGCUGCAGAUCGACGACUUGUUUGAUCUCACUCCAGACUCACCGACUGGAACAUCUCCAAAGAACUUUGAGCUUGGUAAAGGACGCUUCUCUAUUGUUCGUCGUGCUCGUCGGAAGGAAGCCUCGGACGAUCCGUCGAGGUCAAAGGACUGUGCUCUUAAGAUCAUCGAGAAGAACAUCUUCUGGGAUUUGGUGUCCCGUGAAACAGAACGUGAAGAUACGGUGGUGCGAGAGAUUUUGACGCAGAGUCUGUUGACGGUCCGCUCGGGCUCCUCAUACUGUCCGGUGAUUCGACUACAGUCGCUGUUUGAAACGCGCAACCAUUUAGUGAUGGAGCUGGAGCUCAUGAGGGAUGGAGAUCUCCACGAAGAGAUUGCUACCAAGAGUGCGGUGGAUGAGACGCGUGCUUCGUUCUUGGUUGCUAGCCUGGUCCGGGCGAUUGAUUAUUGCCAGCACAAUGGUGUUGCCCAUCGAGACGUGAAGCUCUCCAAUCUUGCACUGGACUUCGAGCGCAGUGCGAGCGGCAAAGAGUAAGUAGAUCAUGUGUAUCGUCAGUGAGCAGCAUCUAAUUUUUUAUUUUAUUGUACGGCAGGUUUGCUGUCAUCAAGGUUGCUGAUUUCGGGAUGGCAGCUUUUAUCCAGAAGGAUGGCAUGCUAAAGGGAAGAUGCGGAACUCCUGGCUUCGUGGCUCCAGAGAUCCUGUCUGCAGGCAAAGGUGAAGCAUAUCCCAGUGGAGUGGAUAUGUUUUCGGCUGGUGUGGUGGCGUACACGAUGCUGUGUGGCUACGAACCUUUCUUCGGUGUGAACGAUGAAGAGCUCAUUCAGAUGAACAAGCGGGUUGACUAUGAGUUUGAAGAACCGGAGUGGUCCAGUAUUUCAGAUGAAGCCAAGGAUAUGAUUACUCUCAUGAUGGAGAAGGACCCUUAUAAACGGAUAACACCGAAGCAGGUACUGGAGCACCCUUUCCUUCGGGAUGCUAACGCUGCGUUGGAAGAUCUCUUCCGAGAACAAAUACCUAUUAACCCGACGCGAUUGAUUUGAUGACAAUGCUCUGGAUAAUGCACGGACAAGAGAAGAAAAGCUGAGGCUGUUCUUCUGUUUACUUUUGUGGACUUCUUGCAAGACAGGAGGCGAGAGCAUACGUAUAAUAUACCGAUUCAUUGCAAUUAUC